GGAUGACAAAAGGACUGCGCACUAUCUCAUACAAAACUUAGAGAGCAAAAACUUUGUUUGGUCCAAUGAAAGAACAAGACCACCAACAUCCCCAUCUCCAAGCAAUUGUGGAAGCUCAUGCUUCUGUUGCAUGCUCAGGUCAUGAAAACCUUAACAAGGCACUAAUCAACUCGGUCUCCACCCUAAGUCGGUUUCAUGCCGGAUAUUUCCGCAUAACCCUCUCCCUUGCGAGCCAGGCUCUGCUGUGGAAAACCCUAGUUGACCGAAGCAAACAGUUCCACAAGCUUCCUUCCCUCACUUUCCUUCUCGUUUGGUGCCUUGCACUGGCAACUCAAGUUCUCUUCUGUUUCUUGUACUUGCUCAAAUGCUUAUUUCACUUCCACAUGGUUAGGGCUGAGUUCUUGCACCAUGUGGGAGUGAAUUACCUCUUUGCCCCUUGGAUUGGAUGGCUCCUCUUGCUUCAAUCAUCUCCCAACUUCUUCUUUGCCUCUAACACAACACCGUAUAUAGCCCUUUGGUGGGUCUUCAUGAUUCCAAUCAUCGUACUUGACGUGAAGAUCUAUGGGCAGUGGUUCACCACUGAGAAGCGGUUCCUAUCAGCGGCGGCCAACCCUACCAGCCAGGUGACAGUGAUUGCUAACCUGGUGGGGGCUAGGGCUGCUGCUCAGAUGGGCUGGGAAGAGACCGCGAUGUGCAUGUUCUCCCUAGGGAUAAUACACUAUCUUGUCAUCUUCGUGACACUUUAUCAACGGUUGUCAGGUGGAAAUAAUUUCCCGGCAAUGCUGCGGCCGACUUUCUUCCUGUUCUUUGCGGCGCCGAGUAUGGGGAGUAUGGCUUGGAGCUCCAUUUCAGGAGUUUUUGAUACCUCAUCGAAGAUGCUCUUCUUUCUCUCUUUGUUCAUAUUUGCCUCCCUGGCUUGCAGGCCAUCUUUAUUCAAGAAGUGCAUGAGGAGGUUCAAUGUUGCAUGGUGGGCCUAUUCCUUCACCCUCACGUUCCUCGCCCUUGCAUCGACGGAGUACGCCAAGGAGAUGAAAGGGAUUGGUAACAGCACUGGAAGUAUCAUAUCGCUUAUGCUGUCAGCCCUCUCCAUACUCAUUUUCCUGUGCCUAAUCCUCCUAACUGUGCUCAAAUUUGAUAAGCUUCUACAUCGAAAUGAUCCCUCGAAUGUAAGCUUCUCCAAUGGCCGUAGAUCGGGAUCAGGAAGUGCCUGAACAUGCGUACCCCAGAAAAAGGAUUAGGAAACAUGUACCUUAUGACUUCCUUCAGCCCGUAGUGGGCAUCCUCAAAUGUCUAGAUGUUUUGCCUCUUGUGAGUGCAUACAUAGAUUGAAGAUAUAGCAUGUCUGUAACGAUUUCCAUUUUUAUGGAGCUCAUAGAAGGCAAUGGACAUUUCAAUCCAGAAGCUCGAAAAGUUAACUUUCUUUC